CCACCGAGUACCUACUGACACGUUCAUUGCCUUGCCUGUCGUAUAGAACUAUUGUUUCUGUAUCAUCGUCUACUUCAACUGAGGUACCAUGGAUUCGAUCAUUGAGACUCUAGCGGAUCAUUUUCGCGAAGACGAAAUCACAACUAAACUACUCAAGCCUGCUUGGGUUCGGGCUGCAGAUAUCCUGUUGUUAUUUUUGUUCAGUAUAUCGGUGAUGGAGGCUGGCAUUAAAAUAGAAUUUGACACCUUUAGUUGCAACAUGAACGAGUGUGUCUACAACACAUCUCAAUAUUCUCUGCAAUCUUGUCCACAAUUCCAGACGGUGAGCUUGGAUGCUGAUUCAGUGUAUUCUUACAUUGACGAUAAGUGUCGACAAAAGAUGAUUCCGUGGUUUGUUGAGAACGUUGCAUUUAUCUAUCUGAUAAAUGCCGCCUUUCUGUUUAUCUGCAGUCGGUUGUGGACAACACUUCCUAGCUCAGCGCUAUACAUAGAACGAUUCGUAGGUAUGGUGGGUGAAUGUAAUGACGCUAUCGGUACAUUUGGCUGUGCGUAUGAUGUCAUCUUCAGUACGGACAAGGAAACAGAACAGCUUGAUACCUUCAGCAAUGCACACGACGAUGCUUCGGAUCCAGCAAAACUGCAGAAAUUACUGAAACUUCAUAAGAAGGUUUUAUCUAUGAGAACAGACAUCACCGCCACUGCCGCUUUAAACACUGACGACAAAAUUCCCCCGACAACGAAAUUGUCACUGCAUAACUUUACAAUUUGUGUCAUCUGUAUCGCUCAAUACGUGCUCCUGACAUUACUUUCACUGACCAGUUUCUUUUGCAUCUCAUUUAUAUUCUUUUGGUUUGAUCAUAUGCGAAGUGAGUAUUACUGUGAUUUAGAGGAAUACAGCAGAAUCGCCUGUAUCUAUCGACUGUAUACAUUAAACUUGUUUCUUGCGGUUAUGUAUUGCACGUGUAAUUGUUUUCAUUGUUUCCUGUCAGCUACACAUCUCUGUUGGGUGAUUAGAAAAUGUCGUGUACCAUUUCAGAUUGAUUUUCAGAAACCACCCGCUCUUAAAGUCUACGGUAGUCUUGGGCUGUUGUUACAUCUUCUCAAUUCAAAUGAUCGAUUUUUCGUUAAAAAAUUCAGUCUUUUCAUGGAUAGUCAGAUAACAGAGGAUGUGAAAGAGCGGGCAACUGACAAACAAUUUCCAUUGAAAAAGCUGAAAGUGAUAAAUGAAGAACAGAACGGCUUGAGAUUAGAAGGAUUGAGGUUUAAGCCUAAGAGUUUUGAUUAUUUUCACUGCAUUCCGAAUCUAACAGUCCUUCGACUUGUCAAUUGUAAACUUGAGGAGUUUCCUAGCUGCCUUUUAUCAGCAAAUUCUUUGAUUGAAGUCAACCUUACCAACAAUCUGAUCUCGAAUAUCCCUGAAGAUAAUCAGACUAGGCCGGAUAAGACGGGGAUAUUGGAGCUGGUAUUAGACAAUAAUCCGUUGCUUUCGGUAACGAUGAGGAGUAUUCAAUCUUGGAAACGACUAAAGGCCCUGUCAUUAGUUGGCAUUAAAACCGAAAAGGCAAAGGCCUCGUUUUCAUUCGAACACUUGGGUACAAAUGGAUGUCACUUACGGGAACUGAUAAUGGAUGCUGACACAGCGAAAUUGACCGAAGACACUGAACUUGUCGUGUUUACAGGAAGGGGACAGUUAGAUGCAAAUUCUGGAAACAAUGUCUACCUCAGGGUGAAACACAAAGAGCGGCUGCAGGAGUCACUGGAUAAGCUGAAAUCUCACGUAGAACAUAUACCGGACAGGGUGAAACGUUCGUAUGUUUUUGAUCAUUUAAUUAAAAAAAAAGCCGUAGGGGGGGACAUUGACGAUAAAACCAUUUUGCGUCAGUUCUUCAGUGGGGUGAAAGAUCUAAGUCAGGAUGCUUUAGAAAAAACCGACAGAGAAGGGUUUGGAAUUAUACAGAGAAUGGAAAAUGACAUGGAAGCAAGCUACAUUAGCAUAUAUCGCUAUCCUCUUAGAAACCAAGUAAAAACUAUUUAUGUGCAGCCUGGUCGAACACAAGGGACAAUUCUGUCUGCUCGUUCGUCGAAAUAAUACACCUUGCAGUGCUGACAUAGAAGUCAUGUAAUUUUCUCAAACACCGGACUUGUUUCCUUCACAUGUUAUGAACUAUUUGAAUACAUUGUGGAUCAAAUACACUUCAUCUUGAUGACGGACCAGUUUGUGAGUGAUGCAUUGGUGAUUCUGCUCGUGAUGACAGUAUUGCCUGAAGAUGCCGGGGAAUAUCAUCAACAAUGCUCUAUUACUGGUGACAUAUAUUCUUAAAAAAGGGGUUAGAUUCCAAAAGGGAAUGCAACAGUUUCUAGGGACUGCAACAGUUUCUCGUUGAAAACAGUUUUUCAUGUUAUAUUUGAUUCAGUAUCCUAUUUAUUAAUUUAGGUCUGUCUGUCUGUCUGUCUGCUAUAACUACAACAAAUGUUAACCGAUUUUCUUAAAACUUUGUCACAGGGCUAAAUGCUUUAAGGGAUCGGCUACGUUCGAUGACCAUUUUCAGCUGACCCUAUUUGGCGGAGUUAUGGCCCCUUGAAUAACGAAGAACGUUAUUAUCUGCUGCGUUUUUGUUCAUUAACUCUCGCGAAUAUUAUCCGAUUGUCUUCAAACUACGUAGUAUAAUUCAACGCAUUAAGGGCUCAGCUAGGUUUCACAACUAUUGUGAUCGGACUCCAUUUUGCAGAGUUAUGACCCCUUGAUUAAAGAAAAACGUCAUUUUCUGCAGUUUCCGCUUAAUAACUCACUUGAUAACAAUGUUUGUGUUCCUCUGUCUUUCCACCCAUCCCGCGCACUCUUUGGUUUCCGUGUAAAAAUUGUUGUAGUUAUUGUUCAGAUGUUUCAACCUUAUUUCGUAUGCACAUCCGACUCAUGC